AUGGGAAAUGAGGUCGUGGAUGAAGAAGUACAGCACUUCCGGAGGAACAAUUUCUUGCCUCCCGAUGGCAUAUGUCCUGUUCUCCCCGUUGGAUUCAUAGUCCAUCACUCCGAACAUUUAUUCGCAGUCAUCUUCGACUACCAGCGACGCAAUGUGCAUGUCCUUGGUCGCCAUAUUUCCAACGAUGCAAUGAACGUCGACGGAGUGGAUCCAGACGACUGGAACCAGUGGAGGGGACCGGAAUAUUGGAGGCGAAUUGCUGGCCUUCAUGGGUGGAGGGCAGGGGAUGCCACUGAUAUAUCUGUGAUGACCAUGGACUGGGAGCAAAAUGGAGUGGACUGCGGUCCGAUCGCUUGCUCCGUACUUGAGCAAUGUCUGAAAUCUGGAUUAGACGAGCAUGGUGACUUGCCAGCCUUUCACAUUCAGUGCGGCCAUAGACUGCGCAUUCACAUGUUGCAUGUAAUUGCUGGGCGCAUAAAGCUCUGCUGUAGCGACUAUCUGAUGCUCCUCGACAGCCCACAAGAUGAUUGGAGGCCAGAUGAGCUACCCGACGAAGAUAUCAUCAAUGCGAUUCAGAAUGGGCGUCAUCAGGCUGAAUGUCUCACACUCCUGCGGAAAUUGACUGUUGUGAGCGCAACUUGCUCCAUGUGUCAACGUCCCAUGGCCAGUCGGAAUCUCGAACGCCCCUUACGCGAUGCACCGAACGGAGAACGAUCCUCAGGCGCACACAAACAACUGAAUGGAUCCCGGAAUCGUCAUUUCAUAGUCCCUCGUGCGAUAGGGACACACCUCGAACUCGAGCCAGACGUGCCAUCAGAUGUCGAUGAUUCCAUUGACUCACAACGAUCUGCAACUGCCUCAGCAUCUCGUAGGCGGGUAAAACACUGGAAUCUUGGAAGCAACAAGCGAUUUCCACGUCCCAUCGCACCAGUAGCCCUGGCUGCAUAUGCAGGUAGGAGAUGGCUGCAGGGUGACUCCACGUUCGACGAGUAUGAUGGUGGACCAACAAUCGAGAUGUUAGCAACUCCCAGGGAAAUCGACCCAGUGAUUACAUUCCAAGCUGGAGGCAUCCAGACCUCCGCUUCUUGGGUGGACUGGGUUGAUCAUGGGUACCGCAUCACACCUAGCUCAGUCCACAUAUUCUAUCAAUGUGAUCCCAUAGCAACCAUGGACCACGUCAUGCCCAUCGGAACAACCAAGUCAUAUGAUCCUUCAAAUCAGGUCCCAGACCGUGUAACAGGCGCAUACAGUCUGGACCGACUAGCAUCAGAUGGAGGAGGACGUCAAACACACGUCGCAGAUGUCGAAAUUCUCUCCGCGUCUGAACUCAUCGACUCUGCCCAACAUGAUCCUCCACUGCAUGAUGAAUGUAGGUUCGGACACAAUGCUUUUGUGCGUGGUCUCACCAGCCAUCGUUAUGGUGAUGGCCCUUCCUUGUAUCUCGACUUAGAACGGGAUGCUGUCAGAUUUUCAGAAGAUGAGAUCGAGACUUCCUUAGACAUUGACAGUAUCAUUUGGACCGCGAAGGUCUUCCGAUGCCGGGGGUCCGUGGGGAUCUACAUCACUCCGCCAUUUCAAACGAAACCUGGUAUAUUCAAGCACAAUCAUACCUACGUCGACAUCAUUAUUCCACAGUCAGAGGCAGAUGCUAGUGCGCCUGGUGGCAGGACAGAAUGGCUGUCCAAAAGAUUUCCGAUGUCUGCCAUCCCUCAUGCCUGUAUUGGCCGCAUAUCAUCUGCGUCAUCGACACUCAAUCUAUAUAUUGCAUUCCCAAGGAUGAUCCAUCAACACCCUCUGAAUGGCCGGAGAAUCACGCUGAUACCGAAGGAGGUUCUGGACAUUUUCUGGGAUAAUGUGCUACUUCCAUCCAUAGGAGACUGCACUGAUGUUAGUUGGGCGCCAUACCUUAAGCACACGCUGGAGGAGGCACGAUACAAGGCGAGAGGUGGAGAUGCACGGAAAGGCGGAUGGGGGCCACCAAAGACAAUACCCUUGUCAGAUGAUGACUUCAGAGAUGUGCAGGAGCGCAUGGAAGCUCGCAUACGCGAUGGGGAGGGUGAGCUCAGCAUGUAUGGGUCGCUGUUUUUCAUUCUAGAAGGAAAGGGCAUCAAGCUGCUCACAAAGGAUGGUCAGAGAGGGCGCUUUUCAGGACCGGAAGAAGCACUGCGUCAUAAUCUGUCCGACCUCGACUGGCCAUACAUGAUGAACCGGAAGCAUGGUGAACUUCUGGUGGACGUUGGCAUCUCAUUCACGCCUCACUCUCCAGACGUUCCAGUUGUAGGAGUAUGGAGAUUAGACGCAUUGGAAGCCUCAUUUGGCGCAGGAGGUUACAAGAGAGGGGAGAUGCAUCAUCACAACACGCUCUCUAGAUAUGGGGCAAUGCAGGCCGAGAUGCAGCAGGAGAGAUCCCAGCAGACGCACAUCGCAUUCAGGAGCACAUACAACCUAUACUAUGAGUCCAUCCGAACGAACACCAACAAGGCCCAUUUUGCUUCCGACAGCGAUGCAUACAAGCUGUCGCCAUCUUAUAUGGCUGAAUGCUUUGAAAUCGCAAAGGUUCUCGAUGGUUGCAAGGAGAAGACAUAUGGUGUUAGGGACGAGUAUAGGGUCAGUGGACAUGCAGCCAGAGUAAUGCUAGAUAAUAUAGAAGACAAGGCUAGAGAUUAUCUACAGUCAGAUCCGAUUCUGUGGAUCCCAUCCAAGAUCUGGUUCGAGCUCAUCAGGCGACGGGUGCGCGAGAUUCAGAGGACCCAAAUAUCCAUCGUCAAAAAGAAUCCUCCCAAUCUAGGCGUCCUGACUGGCUUGCUGAACCACAUGCUUCGUUCGACUACAUCAACCCCUAUUGUCUAUGACUUUCACGUCCGCGAAUCCCUUGCCCUCCUCGAAUAUAGAAAUGUCCUCGAGACAGCAGGGAUGUUUUUCUUACGGGAAUUCGAUCUCAACAGCGAAACAUGCCUGGACGAGGUGCAGCAAAUCGACGAUGUGAAUGUCCUAGCCCUCAUGGGUGUCAAUGCAAAGGCUCAAAGGGAUAGAGCAGUAGGAAGGAUAGAUGCGUUGCGAUCUACUGAAUCAGAGUUGGAGGACUAUCCACUUGGGCGGACGCCAACAUGGAUUCGACUCAAGGCAGCCAUCGCAAACUCACCUGCAAUGAUCAUGCGACCAUGGAUAUGGUCGACCACGUUAUCGAACACUCAACUCUCUGUCGGACGUUUGAUUGUCAUGUUCACGAGGCACGUGUGGCUUAUGCUGACGCCUGAAGUAUUCAAAGGCGUCAGACCCCACCCAAGCUCGCUUCAGGAGGCCAUGAAAUGCUGGACAAUAACCAGCAUCGAUGACACUCUGGCUGCAGUUGCGUUUGAAGCGUGCAAUGCUGGGCUGCAUGAUCGUACAGGUGUAACUCCAGGUCGCAUGGGUCCAAAGUCGAGAACAUUUGUGGACAGGUGCUCCCUAUUCUUUCCUGACCCUGAUGCCUCCCAUAAAGACAACACUCAGUGGUGUACGCUGUGGGAAAGAGAUGGCUAUAUUGCAGAGUUUCACAGGACGAUGAAUAGGAUGGAAGAGGAUCAGAGGGUAUCGCUGAAGCAAGGGUUAUGCGAGGUAUUUGCGGAUCUGCAUUGUCUCCCUGCAAGCAGUGGAAAAGUGUGGAUGUGGAAGCACGAUGCCAUUGCAUUCAUGACGAAUCCUGUAUUUUACAGGAUCGACUGUGUUGGAAGGGGGGCGGAGAGUCGGAUGAAAGCCCCAAGAGCACGUCGUACGAUGAAGCUCAUCAAGGGAAAGCGCAUCUUUGCAGCGGAUCUGAUGGAUUCUCAACCAUUUGACACUGAUGGGAAUCUACGAAGGAAGACAGCGAGGCAAAAGCGUCGGGAGAUUCAGAAAGCGAUGUCCAUGGCCAAGAGAAACAAGAGAGUGCCACCUCCCCCACGUCCUCGCAAGCCUAGGCCAUUUCCCAUUGACAUAGGAGAAUCUACGCAGAGUGAUGAGGAAAUGGAUGUUGAUUAG